UAUCAUCACAAAACAAAGAAAAAGCAAAAGCUGCAUUCUGUUGCAUUCUAUUGAAGAAACCUGUAAGCUAAGAAUGGAGGGGAAAGAAGAGGAUGUGAAGGUAGGAGCAAACAAGUAUUCAGAAAGGCAGCCAUUAGGGACCUCAGCACAGAGCAAAGACUAUAAGGAACCACCAGCAGCACCAUUGUUUGAGCCUGGUGAGCUCCAUUCUUGGUCCUUUUGGAGAGCUGGGAUUGCUGAGUUUAUGGCUACUUUCUUGUUCCUUUACAUCACUGUCUUGACUGUCAUGGGCUACUCUAGGGCUAACAGCAAAUGUAGUACCGUUGGUGUUCAAGGCAUUGCUUGGGCUUUUGGUGGUAUGAUUUUUGCCCUUGUUUACUGCACUGCUGGCAUCUCAGGUGGACACAUUAACCCUGCUGUGACAUUUGGUCUGUUUCUGGCAAGGAAAUUGUCCCUAACCAGGGCAGUUUUCUACAUUGUGAUGCAAUGCCUUGGUGCAAUCUGUGGUGCUGGUGUUGUCAAAGGGUUCCAGCCAUCUUUGUAUCAGGUUAAGGGUGGAGGUGCUAACAUUAUGAACCAUGGUUACACCAAAGGAGAUGGGCUUGGUGCUGAGAUUGUUGGCACUUUUGUUCUUGUCUACACUGUCUUCUCUGCUACUGAUGCCAAGAGAAAUGCCAGAGACUCCCAUGUCCCUAUUUUGGCACCACUCCCAAUUGGAUUUGCAGUGUUCUUGGUUCACUUAGCCACUAUCCCAAUCACAGGCACUGGCAUUAACCCUGCUAGAAGCCUAGGUGCUGCCAUUAUCUACAACAGAGAUCAAGCAUGGGAUGACCAUUGGAUUUUCUGGGUGGGACCAUUCAUUGGAGCUGCACUUGCUGCUUUGUACCAUCAGGUUAUCAUAAGAGCUAUUCCAUUCAGGAGUGGAAACUGAGAAACACCUUGGUUAUUUAUCAUAAGAGCCUGUGUCUUGUUUCUGUCAUUGGUUACUUUGCUAUGAUUGACAAUGAUGUUCAAUGUUGAUUAUGUACAAAAACUGUUGUAUUGCUUUAUUUAUCGUAUUUGGUUUUGAAUUCAUCUUA